AUGCCCGCAGGGCGCGCUGAUCAGGGCGGAGGCGCGGUGGGGGCGACGAACAUGGAGAGUGCACGGCGGGAGACGCGCGCGAACUUGCGCCAGAUCAACGACGUGGUGUCGUACUACGGCAAUGCGGCCAGCGCGGACCCGCGAGCGAACAGGCACAUCAUGACCGAGACCUUGCAGCGGCUGGGCGAGGUGAUUGACGGCGCGGACCGCCCGCGGGAACUCGCCAUGGGCACGCAGCAGCUCGCCGGCCUGAGCGACCAGAUCCACCAGAACGCGCUCCGCCAGUUCGCCUCAGCGAACCGGAAAUCCGCGGCGGACCUCGUUCAAGCUCUGCUCCAGUCGUACGGGGCGGCGGCCCGCGCGGGCGCGUCGGCCGGCGACGACGUGCAACAGAGCGGAUUCGACUGGACCAACUUCGGCGAGGACAGCCUCGAGUACUUCGACGCCACGCCCGGCCUCGACACGAUGCUCGGUUCCAUGCUCGCGCCCGCCAAGGAGCGCAAGGCGCGCGAGGCCAAGCCGAAGAAACGCGACGCGCCGAUCGGCGCGACCGUCCGGCCGCAGGACGUCGAGCACGUCGACGACGAGCUGGAGAAGCAGGACACGGACCGGAACAUGGAGGAGAUGUGGAAGCUGCUGACGCAGCGCACCGAGGGCGGGCAGCGCGUGAUGUACUACGAGCUGGUGAUGAACACGACGAGCUUUGCGCAGUUCGUGGAGAACGCGUUCACGCUGUCGUUCCUGGUCCGCGACGGGCGCGUGGAGCUCAAGGACUACAGGGACGGCGACUUCGAGACGUACGAGGUCGUGCCGGUCGUGGGGCGCAAGGGCGGCGAGCGGCACGGCGAGGCGCAGGACGCGAUGCAGCAGUUCGUGUCGUCGUUCAACAUGCACGUGUGGCGGGACGCCGCGGGGCGCAUGAGCCAGGCCGACUGCAUCAUGCCGCACCGCGACUCCGCCGCGUGGGGCAACGAGCGCGCCGCGUGA